AUGAGAUGGCCGCCAUGGAGCUCCGAGUCGACCAAUGACGAAAAAGAAAGCUCACUUUCCGCAAACAAUUCCAUCUUCGACUGGAAAGCCUACACAGAGCCGAGGACCCUCGUCCCAACCCUUGUCCUAACAAGUGGUAUACUCCUCGCCGUGCGAUUCCACCGCUCGUACCUUCGCAGAAUCCCCGACGCGCCCAGUAUCUCCUCCUCCUACCUCCGACGCCGGAGCGUCUUCGGCCAAGUGACCAGCGUCGGCGAUGGAGACAACUUUCGCAUUUUCCAUACGCCCGGUGGUCGUCUAGCGGGAUGGGGCUGGCUCCCCUGGAAAAAAAGUCCCUACAAACAAAAAAGACCUCAAAGACAACACUUGGAUGCCCCUGAGCUCGCGCACUUUGGACGCCCAGAACAACCCUUUGCGCGCGACGCCCACACUUGGCUAACGGCUUAUUUGAGUGGGCGACGAGUGCGCGCACUCGUCCACCGCCAAGACCAGUACUCGCGAGUUGUGGCGAGCGUGUUCGUGCGGCGAGCAUUCGACUUCCCGCCAUUCAGGCGGCGCGAUGUAUCGUAUGAAAUGCUUCGGCGCGGAAUGGCGACUGUUUACGAGGCGAAGAUGGGGUCUGAGUUUGGUGGGGAGAAGAUGGAGAAGAAGUAUCGGAAGGCGGAGUGGUGGGCUAAGAAGAGGGCCAAGGGGCUUUGGAAGGACUAUAAGAAGGUUGGGGGUGAUUGGGAGAGUCCUCGGGAGUACAAAAAUCGGAUGGGGAUGGGUGAUGUCGAGAAGAAUGGGAAGAAGUGA